AUGGCCGCCGCCGCCUCUGUGACAGGCCUGGUCACGUGAGCCCGCCCGCCUAUGAGGUCCGGGCUCGGGCGGCAAUUGUCCCUUCCGGGGCCCCAUCCCCAGGCGGCGACUGCCCUUGUCAACCCGAGCCUGAGCGAUCAUGGCAACGGGCUCGGGCGGGGAGCGCGUGGCAGCGGCGGUGGCGGCAGCAGUUUGGUCGCGGGCCGGGGCGGCGGAGCGGCGGCGGCGGCGGCGGUGGCACUGGCGCUGGCACCGGCCCUGAGCGCCAUGCAGCGGAGCGACUCGGAGAAGCAGCUGGCGACCGGGUGUGAGGCGAAGGCGGAGGCCGCGACCGAAGCGCAGGCGGCGGCGGACGCGGGCGCGGCCGGAGAGCCGGAGCUCAAGGCGCGGGAGGAGCCGCCCAGGGAGCCGGUCCCGGAGCAGCCCCGCGCGGCGGAGGAGGGGGACGCCCGCGACCUCCAGCAGCCGCCGCCCUCGCGGUCCCCGUCCAAGGCGAAGCCGAAGCCGGCGUCCACGCGGGGCCGCAGCUCGCACGCCAAGCCCAGGAGCAAGGGCCGAAGCUGCCCGCGGAGCCCGGGCUGCCAGUCCCAGGAGUAUGCCUCUUGGCGACCCGUCACCGUGGACAGCUCCAAGGCCAGGACCUCUUUGGACGCCCUGAAGAUCAGCAUCCGGCAGCUCAAGUGGAAGGAGUUUCCCUUUGGCCGACGUCUGCCUUGUGACAUCUACUGGCACGGAGUUUCAUUUCAUGACAAUGAUAUAUUCUCCGGUCAAGUGAACAAGUUCCCAGGCAUGACGGAGAUGGUGCGUAAAAUUACUCUGAGCAGAGCGGUGAGAAUCAUGCAGAAUCUCUUUCCAGAGGAGUACAACUUCUACCCUCGCUCAUGGAUUCUGCCUGACGAGUUCCAGCUCUUUGUUGCUCAGGUUCGAAUGGUGAAAGACGACGACCCCUCCUGGAAGCCCACUUUUAUCGUGAAACCUGAUAGUGGUUGUCAGGGUGACGGAAUCUACCUCAUUAAAGACCCCAGUGACAUCCGCCUGGGAGGGUCCCUGCAGAGCAGGCCAGCGGUGGUACAGGAGUACAUCUGCAAGCCCCUCCUCAUCGACAAGCUCAAGUUCGAUAUCCGUCUGUACGUCUUACUGAAGUCCUUAGAGCCCUUAGAGAUUUAUAUAGCCAAAGACGGACUCUCUAGAUUCUGUACAGAGCCAUAUCAGGAGCCCAGCUCCAAAAAUCUGCACCACAUCUUUAUGCACUUAACCAACUAUUCCCUGAACAUCCACAGCGGAAACUUUGUCCACUCAGACAGCAUGAGCACAGGCAGCAAAAGGACCUUCUCCAGCAUUCUCUGCAGGUUGUCUUCCAAAGGUGUUGACGUCAAGAAGGUCUGGUCUGAUAUCAUCUCCUUGGUGAUUAAGACUGUCAUCGCCCUGACUCCGGAGCUCAAAGUCUUCUACCAGUCGGACAUCCCCGCAGGCAGGCCGGGCCCUACAUGCUUCCAGAUUUUAGGCUUUGACAUUCUUCUAAUGAAAAAUCUGAAGCCCAUACUACUUGAAGUAAAUGCAAAUCCCAGCAUGAGAAUCGAGCAUGAGCAAGAACUCUCUCCAGGCGUCUUUGAAAAUGUCCCCAGCCUUGUCGACGAGGAAGUGAAAGUGGCCGUGAUCAGAGACACCUUGCGCCUCAUGGACCCACUUAAGAAGAAAAGGGAGAACCAGUCUAAGCAGUUUCCCUUGGCCACCACGGAUGAACCUUCCCACGGCGAGACCACCAAGGCCUCCUCGGAGGACAGCACCAACCCAGAAGCCCACCUGCCCUCCAUCUGCCUCAAGCAGGUGUUCCCCAAGUACGCGAAGCAGUUCAACUACCUGCGCCUGGUGGACAGGAUGGCCAACUUGUUCAUCCGGUUCCUGGGGAUCAAGGGCACAAUGAAGCUAGGGCCAACAGGCUUCCGUACCUUCAUAAGGAACUGCAGGCUGAGCAGCAGCAGCUUGUCCAUGGCUGCCGUGGACAUCCUGUACAUUGACAUCACGAGGAGAUGGAACUCCAUGACCCUCGACCAGCGGGACUCAGGGAUGAGCCUGCAGGCCUUCGUGGAGGCGUUCUUCUACCUGGCCCAGAGGAAGUACAAGAUGCUGCCCCUGCACCAGCAGGUGGCCUCCCUCAUCGACCUGUGCGAAUACCACCUGUCCCUGCUGGACGAGAAGCGGCUGGUCUGCUCCCAGAAUGGCACCUCGGGCGGCCACCUGCCCCCCAGCGCCACGCCCCAGGAGGCCCAGGGAAACGCCCCGCCCUGCACCAACAGCACCCCCAAGCUCGGGCACUCCAGAUACACUGUGUCCUGAGGGCCGCCCUGUCCUCUGGGAAGAAGAGCGAGGCCUUGGGGCCCGAGGGAAGGCCCCGGGCUCCGGCCGGCCGGGGCAGGCUGCCACAGACGCCCGCUGGAGAUCCCCAGGCGUCCUGCUGGAAGGGCCCACUGGCCCAGCCCCCGCCCCGCCAGCGCCUCUCGCCUCCUGUUUGUGAGUCGCCGGCGGACAUUUGACAUCCAAACGUGGCAGGUGGCAGCUCACGGAAAGCAAGCGCCGGGGAGAGACUGCUGCACGUGGGGCACGUGGCACCCACCGCCCCAAGACUGAGGGCGGCGGGAGCGAGGGGCUCGGAGAACGUGCGCAGCGCCAAGUGCAUCAUGUUGAUUUCCUGCCUUGCGCCAGCGAAAAGGAAGAGGAAAGACCACGUUGGCAUCCCCAACUCCCAAACCGAUCAUGUGCUACAUGGGUGUAGUUAACAGAUUAGCCUCAUUUAUUUCAUUAGCUUGCCUGUUGCUGCAGCGUUUGGUUUGUUAUUAAUUAAGAAAUAAUUAACGAAGAAGUAACUACCUACGGCUCCCAGCAUCAGGGAGCUGGCAGGCACCUCACAGGUGCUUCUGUUUGACCUUGACCCCGAAGCGGGAGUGCACGGCCUGUGGCCUCUGGUGGGAGACCCCGGGGGUGGGGCUCGCCCGUGGCCAGCAGGUGUCCAGCCCUUGACACCAGGUGUCAAGGGGAGGGAGGCAGAUGUGGGGGCGCAGCCUGAGGUCAGGAGCUUGGUGUCGACAAGGUGCCAGGCACCGGGAGCCCUUUCCCUGUCCCCCCAUGUCCCGAGGCAGCCCCUCCUCUCAGGGAAGCCUCAGAGACCCCCAGAGCUGGCCUUCUGGGAAAUGGCUGCGGGCAAGCUGGAGCCCAGUGCCCAUCGGGGACGGGCAGGUGUCUCUGCCCUUGCAAAGCCAACUCUCUGAUGGUGCUGGACUUGAGGCUGAAGGCGGCCCUGUUCCCAGAGGGCCCCCCUGGAAGGAUCCUGGGAGCAGAGCCGGCAGUUGGGCACACGCCCCAGAGGGGGGCCAGGGAGUGGGGCGGAGUGGGGGCGUGUCCAGACAGGCCCUGCCCCUUCCCGCCUCUCUUCUCGUCUCCUGCUUCCUGCUCCACGUCCUCCUCACUGCACCCUCGGGAGCCGGUGACUCGGGCCCCGCGACGAGCAGCCACACACGCUCAGGGCACAUCUGGGCAGUGAAUGGCGUGGAGCAUCUUUAAGCCCAAAGAGAAGCGUGUUCAUUCGGGGUCUCCUCCCCUGUGGAGGUGUCGCACAGGGAGGUGUCCCCGCCUACGCCCUGAGCAAGCUCCUUCCAGGGGGGACAGCCGGUGUGCAGGGCGGCUCCUGGCAAGCUCCCCCCGCCUGCCUCCGGCCCCCACUCCACUGCCCCCUCCUCCUGCUCCCUGCCCAGCCCUGGGCGCUCCUCCCCCUCCCCCCCAGCACCCCAGCCCUCCGUGCAGGAGACCUUGUAACCUCUUUAUCUUCCAGUGCGCUAGCAAGGUGGGUCGAAGAGAAAGGAGAUUGAUGGGUGCCCUGCACCUCCUGAGGGCAGGUGCCAGGGGACCCGCUGGUGCAAGGCGGCAUCCGUCUGGGGCUGCUCCAGGGCACGGUCCCCCCUUUCAGAUGAGGGGACAAAGGCCUGGGGGCCACGGGGCGGGGCUCCGUCCCCACCACCCUCCCUCGUCUGCCCCGCAGGCUCCUGUCUGCCGGCAGUGUGACCUGUGCUCCGUCCCCGUCAGCCGGGCCCUCCCUCCCUUGGUCCCUGUGGGGCGACCGCCCCCCUCCCUGCUGGCUUGUCCGCAGCCCCAGCUCAGACGUCCUCCUUGCAGUCCCUGAAGGAAUGAGCAAAGAGCCGCACACACUGAGAACCCAGCAAGUCCCUCCCUGCCUGCACAGCGCCCCGCUCCCACCGCGCUCAGCUCUUUCAGUCAGGCAGGGGCCCCGGUCUUGGGCCCGGGAACCCCGAGGAGCCCAGCAGCUACCUGCGAAACAGCAGGAACGUGCUGCAGCCCGGGAGGAGCCUGGUCACCUGCGGUGCCCUUAAUCAUGGGGUUCCGAGCCUGGCCAAAGCCAGGUGCUGACCACCGUCACAGACAGGGGCUCCUUGCCAGGGGCCUCCACGCCCCUUCCUGGGGGUCUGGUCUGGGGCCCUGCCCUGGCUGCCCGUCGUUGGGGCCCAGGCCCUGUGGGUGCCCCGUCCUCCCCAGGCUCCUCCGAUCUGUCUCUUCAGGCCUCAGGCAGGCCGGGCGGACGGGAGUGGGGGUGGGUGGUUCAGAGGGGCGGUGUGGAUGGGAA